GGGUAGCGACGGAGGCCAAACGUAGUGACUUGUAAACACAGACGUCUCUAGAAUGGCGUUGUGAAAUUGAGCUGAGAGGAUCAUGGCAGCGGCCGCGGCUCGCUGUGCGCAGCUCCGCUCCGUCCUCCGACCGGCGGCGUGUGUGCGGGCGAUACAGCCCCCCGGUGGAGGGGAGAGAAGCUAUACCACAAAAUCUGAAGACCGGAUUCCGAAGAUAUACACCAAAACAGGAGAUAAAGGCUUUUCUAGCACAUUCACCGGAGAGAGGAGGCCGAAGGAGGACCACAUAUUUGAAGCUUUGGGAACAACAGAUGAGCUGUCAUCAGCCAUAGGGCUGGCCAGAGAGUUUUGCCUUGAGAAAGGACAUUCCUUCACAGAUCAGCUAGACAAGAUCCAGUGUGUGCUGCAGGAUGUGGGCUCCAACAUUGCAACUCCUCGCUCGUCAGCCAGAGAGAGUCACAUCAAAAAGACGAAGUUCAGCAGUCAGCCGGUAGCAGAGCUGGAGAGCUGGAUUGAUUCCUACACAGAGGAGCUUCCUCCGCUCACCAGCUUCAUACUGCCUUCUGGAGGGAAGAGCAGUGCUGCACUGCAUGUUGCCAGAGCUGUGUGUCGGCGGGCCGAGCGCUGUGUGGCUCCUAUAAUCCGCUCCGGUGAGGCCGACCCUGAUGUGGGCAAGUAUCUCAACAGGCUGAGUGAUUACCUCUUCACUCUGGCCAGAUACGCAGCGCUGAAAGAGGGAAACAGUGAGAGGAUCUACACGAGACCUGAAGGAGGAUGUGUCUGAAAUCCUGCACUUUCUUCCUCUGCCCUCUUCACAUUUAUCAGUGCGUUAAAAGCACAGCGAUUCACUGCUCGUCUCCCAAGAAAUUAGAAAUAAAGGUUUUUUAAUACACUU